AUGGCCAAGGGGGCUGAAUCCUCACCUGCUGCGACGCCGCCCUCUGUGCUGAAGCGCGCCACGCCCAGUACCCAAAAUAUGAAGAACCAAAAGUCCAUCCUUGGAUUCUUUCAAAAAUCCUCGCCUGGGACCCCUAAGACUGGGAAGAACCAAGAACCUGCUUCUUCGCCUGCUCAACGUGCCUCUGAAAAUCGGGGUGGUAGCCCAGUCAAGCAAACACAGAAGAGAAGCUUUUCUAGUUUUGCACAAGACUUGACUCCGGUCCCAAGUAGCGAUCUCCCUGUGCCUGACGAAGAUGAGGAGAAUAGCAAUGAUCUCAAGCAGGCAGAGUCGAGGAAUGCCCAGGACAGCACAAUGUCUCCCUCCCGCCGAAACAAGAAACAGGUCAGCUACAAGGAGUCUGAUUCCGAAGGAGAGGAGGACGACGACGUGAUCUUCAGAUCCGGUCGAAACACAAGCGGCCGAGCUUCAAAGCGACAAAAGACAGUAGUUGAAAGCGAUGAAGACGAUUUCCAGGAGGAUGAGGCUGAUGUUGGAUACUCCGAUGACGAAAUGGACGAUUUCAUCGUCGAGGACGAAGACGAUGAAGAUGAAGCCCCAGCAAAGAAGCGAAAGCGCCCAGCUACCAAGCCAUCUCGCAAAGCUUCCAACGAAUCCUCGUCCCUCCCGCCCCCUCCGCCGGACGAUGAUGAUCUCGACCUCGAUCUCCCAGAAGAGAACCCGGAGCCUCGACAGGAGCGCCCGGCAAUUAAGAGUUCGAAGAGUGCAUCGAGCAACAAAAAAGAAAAAGCACAUGUCACUGAACCUGAGAAGCGAUACCCGUGGCUUGCUUCGAUCAAGGACAUCGACGGGAACCCGCCUGGUCACCCAGAUUACGAUCCUCGCACAAUCUACAUUCCUCCGCUGGCUUGGUCCAAGUUCUCUCCGUUCGAGAAGCAGUACUGGGAGAUCAAGCAAAAGUUCUGGGAUACUGUCGUCUUCUUCAAAAAGGGCAAAUUCUAUGAACUGUACGAAAACGAUGCCACCAUUGGUCACCAGCUAUUCGAUCUCAAGCUCACAGAUCGCGUCAAUAUGCGCAUGGUCGGCGUUCCCGAGAUGAGUUUGUCCCGCUGGGCAAACCAGUUCGUAGCCAAGGGUUUCAAGAUUGCUCGCGUCGAUCAAUCUGAAUCUGCGCUGGGCAAGGAGAUGCGUGAGAGAGAUGCCCUGAAGGGCAAGAAAGAAGACAAGAUAAUCAAGCGAGAAUUAGCUUGUGUUCUUACAUCCGGAACCUUGGUGGAGGGCUCCAUGCUUCAGGACGACAUGUCGACUUAUUGCGUUGCCAUCAAGGAGGCUGUCCUAGAUGAUCGCCCUGCUUUCGGUCUGGCCUUUGUUGACACCGCCACAGGUCAAUUUUUCAUAUCCGAGUUUGUUGACGAUGUGGACAUGACAAAGUUUGAAACAUUCGUUGCGCAGACCCGCCCCCAAGAGUUGUUGCUGGAAAAAUCUUGUGUUUCCCAGAAGGCAAUGCGUAUUUUGAAAAACAAUACCGGCCCGACGACUCUGUGGAACCACAUGAAGCCAGGUCGGGAAUUCUGGGAAGCUGACAUCACGCUUAAGGAGCUUGAUGCCAGUGAGUACUUCGUCUCCGAGAAUGACGAGAAUGUCAAGGCUUGGCCUGAAGUGCUGCGUCAGGCUCGAGACAAAGAUCUUCUUAUCUCCGCAUUUGGGGCUCUAGUCCAAUACUUGCGAAUGCUGAAGAUUGACCGUGACUUGGUGACCAUCGGGAACUUCACAUGGUAUGAUCCGAUCAAGAAGGCUUCAAGUCUUGUACUGGACGGUCAGACUCUGAUCAACAUGGAGAUUUUUGCCAACUCCUUUGACGGCGGCGUUGAUGGUACCUUGUUCCAUCUUCUUAAUAAGUGCAUUACACCCUUCGGUAAGCGUACCUUCAAGCAAUGGGUCUGCCACCCUCUCAUGGAUGCGAAGCGGAUCAACGCACGACUGGAUGCGGUCGAUGCUCUGAACGCAGACCCUACCACUCGAGAUCAAUUUUCGUCACAGCUUACGAAGAUGCCCGACUUGGAGCGCUUGAUCUCUCGUGUCCAUGCGGGUCAGUGCAAGGCACAAGAUUUUGUCCGUAUCCUCGAAGGAUUCGAGCAAAUAGACUACAUCAUGGGGCUUCUGAAGGACUCCGGCUCGGGCGACGGCAUCAUCGGGCAGUUGAUUGCAUCGAUGCCCGACCUACCUCCACUACUUGACUACUGGAAGACUGCCUUUGAUCGUCCCAAGGCCAAAGAAUCCGGCAUUCUAGUUCCCGAACGUGGUGUCGAGUCGGACUUCGAUAGCUCGCAAGACCAUAUCGAGCAGAUCCACAAAGAUCUUGAUAGUCUCCUGAAGAAAUGUCGCCGUGACCUUGGAUCAAACGCAAUUGUCUACAAGGACAAUGGAAAGGAAAUCUACCAACUUGAAGUUCCUAUCAAGAUCAAAAACAUCCCUGAUGACUGGGAUCAAAUGUCUGCUACCAAGCAGGUGAAGCGGUACUACUUCCCUGAACUUCGCAACCUAAUUCGCCAGCUCCAGGAGGCCCAAGAAACCCAUAGCCAGAUUGUUAAAGAAGUCGCUGGCCGGUUCCAUGCUCGCUUCGAUGAGCAUUACGGCACAUGGCUUGCUGCUGUUCGAAUAGUAUCUCAGCUGGACUGUCUCAUCAGCUUGGCCAAGGCUUCGUCUUCGCUUGGACAGCCUAGCUGCCGGCCUGUCUUUGUUGAGGAUGAGCGGAGUGUGCUCGAGUUCGAGGAACUUCGCCAUCCUUGUCUACUCUCUUCAGUCGAAGACUUUAUUCCUAACGAUGUGCAACUUGGCGGUAAGAAUGCUAACAUCGAUUUGUUGACCGGUGCUAAUGCGGCCGGAAAAUCUACACUCCUUCGAAUGACCUGUGUCGCUGUGAUUAUGGCCCAGAUUGGCUGUUACUUACCCUGCAAAUCUGCUCGCCUCACUCCAGUCGACCGCAUCAUGUCUCGUCUCGGUGCGAAUGACAACAUCUUUGCAGCUCAGUCCACUUUCUUCGUAGAGUUAUCCGAGACCAAGAAGAUUCUUUCAGAGGCUACGCCGCGUUCGCUUGUUAUUCUCGACGAAUUAGGCCGCGGGACUAGCUCUUACGAUGGUGUAGCGGUUGCACAAGCAGUCCUGCACCACAUCGCGACCCACAUCGGCGCGAUGGGUUUCUUCGCAACGCACUACCACUCUCUUGCUGCCGAAUUCGAGAAUCACCCAGAGAUUGCCCCGAAGCGGAUGGCUAUUCACGUCGAUGAUGUCGAGCGCCGUGUCACCUUCCUCUACAAACUGGAGCAAGGCGUCGCAGAAGGUAGUUUCGGUAUGCACUGCGCAUCUAUGUGUGGCAUUUCCAACAAGGUCAUUGAACGUGCCGAGGAAGCUGCCAAACAGUGGGAACACACGAGCCGUCUCAAGGAAAGCCUGGAGCGCCGCAAGGGUGGUGGCUACGUUGGGCUCGGCUGGUGGAGUGACGUUGCGUGGGCACUGCGGGAACCUAGCAGUGAAGAGGGUGAGAAUGGGGGCGUCAGCGAUCUCGGACUGGAGGUUCUCCGCAAAGCUAUCGAGGCGCUCUGA